AUGUCGCACUCGAAUUCGGUGCUCGGUCGUGACCGUCAAACACGCGGGUCACGCUCAUGGGCACGUCCGUCGUUCUCAUCGGCCAGAACAGCCUCCAGUUCUAACACGUUGACAUCGGCGACUAUUGUUGAUACCAACUCAACAGAAGCGUAUGCAGGGGCCACUUUCGAAACGGUCCCAAGUUCAAUCGUUUCCUUCCAUCACCCCCAUUCAUUUGCAAAUAGCCGUCUAGGAAGUCCGGGAACUCCCAAUGACGCACGCGGCAGGGCUUCACACGAGACAGAAUCGUUACUUUCUGGACCCAACUGCACUUCUAACAGAUCGAGAGCAUCGUCCCGGACGCGAAACUUUCGUUAUUUUUCAGACGAGGAGAUCGAGCUUGCUGAAGGGGUUUCCUCAACUCUAGAAAAUGCCGACUAUGAUAUCAACUGGGAUGGAACUCCAACAUACGAACAGGAACGUUUACAUUACAACCAGUCUUCUACUAGGUCAUCUCUUCGCAGUGCUACAGGGCACUCUUUGGCCUCUUUCAGAUCACGAUCUUCUACGCGCUCUGGCGCUUCGCCUUUUGAAAGUGCUGCCACUGGCUCUAUUCCAACGAGACGUGGCCGGGAAGAUAACAUAAACGGUAUAUUCGGCACAUCUCCUCAUUCCUCUUCAAGCUCUUCGAGAUACAGUUAUAGAGAUAGAAUCCCUGCACAAAUCGAAGAAGAAGCGGAUAGGAUGUCAAUGCGAAGCCAUCACUCUUCCGAGAGUAGUGCAAGUGGCCGCCGAUUUUUGGACGAUGAUGACGAACCCUCGGUUCAAGACGAGAGCUCGGACCGAAAGAAAAAAAGCUCAUCUUACCAUGCCGAGUUUUUGAAGCCGGAGUAUCACGACAGAUUUUACCCCCGUCAUGUGCCUCAUUUACAUGUGCAGCGGUUCUACAUCGCAGAAGAAGAUUUGGUGGUGGGUAUCGCCGGAUUCAGAAAUUCAAAGAUUGGUCUUUUGAUCUACUGCGCUUUGAGUAUUCUGUCGUUUGGAAUCUUCUAUCUUAUCUUGAGGUGGGUUCCUCGUUAUAAAGUAAAACUGUGCGGGAAGAAAGCAUUAUUGGCCAAGGCUGAGUGGGUAGUAGUGGAAAAUGAAUUUGGGGGACUCACGAUAAUACAAGUUGCUAGAAGGUGGUACAAUAGACCUCUGAGUACGUUACUUCCUAUGAAUCACGGUCUUGAAACUGAUAUAUCUCAAAACCACCGCCACCACUACCACCACGAAGGUGACAACAAUCCAAAUAUUCCGAUCAUUAUCCAUUUCUCUUAUCGUUAUUUCAAUCUCAUUUACACACCUGUGGAAGAUGUUUUCAAGACAAACAGUCACUGGACAGAUUAUGACUGGUUGACGCUAGACGCCGAUCAUGCUGGAUUAACGACUGCUAUGGUUGAGGAUAGAGUGCUGGCAUUUGGCAAAAAUAAUAUCAACCUGAAACAAAAGACAACAGGACAACUUCUUUUUGACGAAGUUCUCCAUCCUUUCUACGUCUUUCAAAUCUUCUCAAUCUUUCUGUGGCUCGCCGAUGAUUACUACUACUAUGCGGCGUGUAUUUUAAUUAUAUCCAUCCUCUCUGUGACAGACACACUUCUAGAAACCAAAAAAGCAUCACAACGACUUGCAGAAAUUUCUCAUACUCACGGCGAGGUCAGAGUUUAUCGUGACGGUUUUUGGGUUCAAAUUAGUUCUUCCGAACUAGUUCCUGGUGACGUUUACGAAAUAUCUGACCCUUCCUUAACCUCGUUCCCUUGUGAUUCGUUGCUAUUGACCGGUGAUUGUAUUGUCAACGAAUCGAUGUUGACGGGAGAAUCUGUUCCGGUCACGAAAGUGCCUUCGACAGACAGUACAAUUUGCCAACUGCUCGACGAUUUCCAAAAAGCCCAGAUCUCUAAUCUCUUGGCAAAAUCGUUUUUGUUUAAUGGAACAACAAUAAUUAGAGUCCGCAUCGCAAAUGGCCAGUCCACAGCACUAGCAAUGGCAGUGAGAACGGGGUUUUCUACAACGAAAGGCUCUCUUUUGCGUUCUAUGAUUUUUCCAAAGCCGACCGGAUUCAAAUUCUACGAGGAUUCUUUCAAGUACAUCGGCUUCAUGGCCCUGAUUGCAAUGGUGGGCUUUUCCGUAAGCUGCGCCAAUUUCAUCAGAUUAGGGUUGCAGUAUAGAGUAAUGGUUCUGAGAGCUCUGGAUAUAAUCACAAUUGUGGUGCCGCCUGCACUGCCUGCCACCCUCUCUAUCGGUUCCAGUUUCGCAAUGUCGCGACUAAAGCGCAAGGGAAUAUUUUGCAUUGCACCGACAAGAGUUAAUGUUGGUGGAAAGAUUGACGUAAUGUGUUUCGACAAGACUGGAACUCUUACCGAAGAUGGAUUGGAUGUUCUCGGCGUUCACGUCUCUGUGCCCCACGGUCAACAGAACUCGAAAUGUGGAGAUCUAAUCACAAGUGUUCGCGGUCUAUUCUCUAAGUUUUCGCUCAACGAUUGCAGUUCUCCUUUAGACUUCAAGUCAAGAAAUUUCUUGGUAUCGAUGCUGACAUGCCACUCCCUACGUGCAGUUGACGGCGAGUUAUUGGGAGAUCCUCUUGAUUUCAAGAUGUUCCAAUUUACAAGUUGGUCUUAUGAGGAGGAUUAUCAAGAGCACAUGUUCCAUUCCUUGAAUGAUGAGCGAAAUGAUAAAAGCACUCUACCAGAAAAUAGUGGCAUUGCUCCCGCUGUCGUGCGCCCCAAUUCCGAUGACCCCAGUAACAAAUUCACCGAGAAUGAUCCCCACAAUAUGUUGGGAAUUGUUCGUAGCUUCGAGUUCAUGUCGGAAUUGAGAAGAAUGAGCGUCAUAGUCAAGCCUUACGGAGAUAAUGUUUUUUGGUCCUUCACUAAAGGUGCACCUGAAGUCAUCUCAGAAAUUUGCAACAAGUCGACUUUACCCGCAAAUUAUGAUGAGCUUCUACAGCAUUAUACACACACCGGCUAUCGGGUUAUAGCCUGUGCUGGUAAAACUCUACCAAAGCAUACUUGGCGGUACGCUCAAAAAAUAUCUAGAGAGGAGGUAGAGUCUAACUUGGAAUUCUUGGGACUCAUAAUUUUUGAAAACAAGCUAAAACCUGCAACGACUCCAACACUCACAACUUUGAGGGAGGCCAAUAUCAGAAAUAUUAUGUGCACCGGCGACAAUGUUUUAACGGCCAUAUCAGUUGGGCGUGAAAGUGGGCUGGUUGGAGAGAAGCAUGUUUUCGUUCCUUUUAUAAAUGACAGAGUGGGCCCCGAUCAAGAUCUUAUAAUAUGGCAAGAUGUUGACGACCCUGACCUAUUGCUUGAUGGAAUGACACUUCGACCAACAAAUGGGAGCCUUGAUUAUACUUUGGCUGUCACAGGUGAUGUGUUCAGACUUCUCUUCAAAAAUAAUGAGAUUUUACCCGAUUCCUACAUUCACGAAAUUCUUUUGAAGAGCUCAGUGUACGCCAGAAUGUCUCCGGAUGAAAAGCAUGAGCUUGUCGGCCAGUUACAGAAAUUAGACUAUGUGGUGGGAUUCUGCGGUGACGGUGCAAACGAUUGUGGUGCGUUAAAAGCUGCUGACGUGGGCGUCUCCUUAUCGGAAGCAGAGGCAUCUGUGGCGGCCCCUUUCACCUCGAACUCGUACGACAUAAGCUGCAUGCUCGACGUUAUCAAGGAGGGGCGUGCAUCACUGACAACCUCUUUUUCGUGUUUCCAGUACAUGAGUCUUUACUCUGCUAUCCAAUUUAUUACUGUCACGAUCUUGUACAGUCGCGGCACGAACUUGGGCGAUUUCCAAUUUCUUUACAUUGACUUGUUUUUGAUUGUGCCCAUAGCAGUGUUCAUGUCGUGGUCAAAGCCUUAUCACAAGCUUGUUAAGAAAAGGCCGUCUGCCAACCUGGUAUCAUCAAAAAUUCUGGCGCCGUUGAUCGCUAACAUUAUAAUAAUUUUGUUCUUUCAAGCUGUGCCUUGGUUGAUUUGCCAGCAAAUGGAUUGGUAUCAGAGUCCGGUUGUGGGAGGUGACGACGCUGUGCAAUCUUCCGACAAUACUGUUCUAUUCUUUUACUCCACGUUUCAGUAUGUGUUCACAGCUGUUGUACUAUCAGUGGGCCCCCCAUAUCGCGAGCCAAUGUCAAAAAAUGUGGGUUUUAUCGCGGACGUUGUCAUUUCAUUGAUCCUGAACAUCAGCCUGAUGGCCAUCUCUUCCAAUGGAUGGCUUGGCCAUGUAUUCCAGUUAUCGUGGGUCUCUGGCAAAUUCAAGCUCUUCCUAUCAGUUUGGGCGACUCUAAACUAUUACGCGCAAUUGACGUUGCCAACAAAGUGUAAGAAGAUGUUCAGAAAGGCUAACAGCAGUAAAAAGUACAAGAACAUUUUAAAGAAUGAAAAACUGGAAUGCGUAUAG